UCACUUCCCACGUGGUCUAAUUUCCACGCGGUCAACCCGGAAGUUUGUAGCGUGCACCUCGAAUGACAACAUAUGUGUUUUGCUUUCCUUCUUAACUUAAAUUAAGACUUUUUAUUAUUAUUAUUGCGGUAAUUUUAUUAUUACUGUAUUAUUUGGACUUUUUGUCUCUAACAACGAUGGAUCACGAACUGUGCAGUUUGAAGAGGCAGCUCGAGGAGAAAGAAAAAGAGAUUGCUGCUCUCAGAAAUAAACUAGCACGGGUGGAAAAGAACCAGGCUUCAGUAUUGGAGCUACAGGACAAAGUGACAACUUUAAGUCCUCUGACAGCCAAACCGUCACUGAGCAACAAGGACAUCCUCCGGUACAGCAGGCAGCUUCUUCUGCCUGAUUUUGGUGUUCAAGGGCAGCUAAAACUAUCCCAAACAUCAGUGCUGGUGGUGGGCUGUGGUGGACUGGGUUGUCCCUUGGCACAGUAUUUGGCAGCAGCAGGAAUAGGACGCCUGGGCCUGCUGGACUACGAUGAAGUGGAGCUCAGUAACCUGCACAGGCAGGUGCUUCACGGAGAGGAGAACCAGGGCCAAGCCAAGGCUCUAUCAGCCGCAAGAUCAGUCAGAAGGUUAAACUCUGGUGUUGAGUGUGUUCCCUACCACCUGCAGCUUUCUCCUGAAAAUGCCUUGCAGCUUAUUCAACAGUAUGACAUCGUGGCCGACUGUUCAGACAACGUUCCAACCCGUUAUCUGGUGAAUGAUGCGUGCGUUCUGAGCGGAAAACCUCUUGUAUCAGCGAGUGCCUUGCGAAUGGAGGGACAGUUGACUGUGUAUAAUUACCACGGAGGCCCAUGCUAUAGGUGCCUGUACCCUGCUCCCCCACCUCCACAGACAGUGACCAACUGUUCUGAUGGAGGUGUGUUAGGAGUUGUUCCAGGGAUAAUGGGCUGUCUUCAAGCGUUGGAGGUCCUCAAAAUUGCCUCUGGGCAAGGCUCUUCCUGUGGUCAACAGCUGCUGCUAUUUGAUGCUCAAGAUGGCAGAUUCAGGUCUAUCAAGCUGCGGCCCAAACAGCCCAGCUGCGCGGUUUGUGGAGAAAGUCCCAGCGUGACCCGGCUGGUUGACUACGAGGCUUUCUGUGGGUCCGCCGCCACCGAUAAGUGCCGCAAGCUUAGCCUGCUGUCCAAAGAUCAGAGGAUUACAGUGCAGGAUUAUAAAUCAAUAAUAGACAGAGCAGGACCCCACGUCUUGUUGGAUGUGCGCCCUCUUGUGGAAGUGGAAAUCUGCAGCUUACCCUUCUCACUCAAUAUUCCCCUCUCCAGUUUAGAGGAGAAGAAAAGCAAAGAUAUCCAGUUACUUCAGGAGAAAAUCAGCCAAGUGAAACAACAGAUGGCAGGUGACCAGCAGGCGCCAGUGUAUGUGAUCUGUAAGCUGGGCAAUGACUCCCAGAAAGCUGUGCAGCUUCUGGAGAAGAUGAGUGGAGAAGAAGUGGGCGGUGUAACCGUCAAAGACAUCUCUGGAGGCUUAAUGGCAUGGGCAAAGACAAUAGAUCCCACAUUUCCUCAGUAUUAAUGUCAUUCAGUGGUUUUUCCUUUAAUAAAUUGCUUGUUAUUACA